AUGGCAAACACGGAACCUUACGACACGUUUCGCUGGGUUCCAGUCCAUGAACACGGACAGGAUGAGGACGGUUACCUCCUGGUACUGGAUCAACGCGAAAUCCCUCACCAGGUAUCAUACGUGCGUCUGGUCGACUACCGUGAAGUUGCAGAAGCCAUUCGGGAUAUGGUGGUGAGGGGUGCACCCGCCAUCGGUGCUGUUGCUGCGUACGGGUAUGUUCUUGGCAUUAAAAGCGGCGAACCGGAAGACCAGGUUUACCACACGCUCUACGCUAGCCGACCCACGGCGGUGAACCUGCAGUGGUCGCUCGACGCCUUGCGACAGCUACAGACGACGAACUGGCGACGACUGCUGUGGAAAGCCAACGAACUAGUAGCCUCCGAGCGUCUAAUGAAUAACAAGAUCGCAGCAUAUGGUGCGGAGGAAAUUUUAAAGCGCUGGAAGCAAAGGCAUCACGAAGGAUGCAAAGACGAGACGCUUCGAGUGUUGCACCACUGCAAUACCGGCAGCUUAGCAACGGCCGGCGGUGGUACCGCGCUUGGUGUCAUUCGAAAACUCGCUGCGCUUCACGGGAAGGUACACGUGCACGUCAAUGAGACUAGGCCUCGUCUUCAGGGUGCACGGCUGACCUGCUGGGAGCUUCGCCAAUGGGGCAUCCCCUAUGAGCUCUCCGUGGACGCGGCUGCGCCUUUCUUGAUGGCCCAGGGCCGCAUCCAGUUUGUGACUGUGGGCGCCGACCGCAUUGCCGCCGACGGUGCUGUCGCAAACAAAAUAGGCACCCUGAUGAUCGCCAUCGCUGCCCAGCAUUAUGGCAUUCCCUUUUACGUGUGUGCACCAUGCAGUACAAUCGACCUGAAGACGCCGACGGGUGCGGCAAUGAUCAUCGAAGAGCGCAGUGCCACCGAGGUGCUGAAUCCGUCCGGAAAAUCCAGCGACCAGUGGCUCGCACCGGUCGAUACCCCAGUAUACAAUCCAGCGUUCGAUAUCACACCACCCGAGUUGAUCACCGGAGGUAUCGUGACGGAGCUCGGUAUUUUGCGGGUACGAGACCAAGCAGGCGCUGGAAUCGGUCUCGCAGAGCAGCUGCAGCAACUGGAACAAAGGCAAAAGCAGAUUUCCGUCGAAUGA